UUCUUUAAACACUUAGGUGUUGAAUAAACAACGCAACAUAACGUUAAUAUUCCAAUAAGACUACAUUAUGUUCUUGAUUUCCUGUAUAUAGCUUUGGCAUGUAAACCAUAGCGUGAUACUGAAUGUGAGUAUAGAGAAGCGUUUGAGACAUCCAUUAUUGAACAGUAGGGAUUGGACACCAUUUAGCAAAAGCUAACGAUAGCACGAACACGGAAAAGAAGUGCUGGGUGAAACGGAGUUGUUCAUGCCUCUGCUGAUCAUGAAUAGGCAAGGUUACAGCGGGGAAAAUGUUUCACCAAGGAACAUUUCCAUUGGAAUAUCAGGAAUUGGAAGUCCGACUAACGGUCUAUCAGAGGAGGAUGAGUUUGAUUUAAAGAUGGAGCUGGCAAAGACGGAGGAUGAAAUACAGACUUUGCGGCAGGUACUCUUGGCCAAAGAGAAAUAUGCAAUGGACAUCAGGAGGCAGCUGGGUACUGGCCCUUUCAGUGAGAUUAAACAAAACCUGUCCAAAGGCUGGCAGGAAGUCCAGACCUCCAAUGCAUAUCUGACAGCCUCAGCUACUCUGGAAGACAUCAGCCAAUCUAACGUGUAUAAGAGGACCCAGGAGAGUAUCUCUAAUGCAGGACAGAUGACCAGUGCUGCCCUGUCCACAGUGGGUGUGGCCAUUACAAGGAGACUUGGAGACAUGAGGGCACUGCCUUUGCCAAGCCCACCUCGCCCCUCCUUGGGCCACUCCAUCAGUGUCCCUGCUAUGUCAAUGAGGCUAAUUGCGAACAGUGCUUGGGGAGGAAGAGUCUGGUGAACGACAUUAGAAUGACAUGAAUGCUACAUUCCAAUACAUUCAAGUCCUUUUGAAGACAUGGUGUGAAGCGUGAAGAACAAGGUGUCCAGGAUUCUAGGGAUUGACGGAGAUAACUCUGGGUCUGAAAGAAGCCCAUCUCAGAACAGUGGUUCCUUCCAACAUAAUCUAUUUUUCUCUCAACCAUCUGUAAUCUCACUAUUCCCUUCAUUACUUUAACCUACUUUAACCUGAUGUCAUGGUCCACACUACCCCUUCAAAGAGUAAACAUUAUGCAGGAGGUUGAUAACUUGGGUAUGGCUUUGACGGUGUUGGUUCCAAACUUUCAUUCAUUCUAAAUAUGAAGUAGUAUUUCCAAUAUGUAGUUAAGUAUAUUGUCCAAUUGUUUGAAGGAAAAUGUCAUUGUCAUAUUCUACUAUUGCAUUCUCAGAACAUAACAAUCACAAAUGUACAGUAAUGUAUUUUUGUACUUUGAGAGUUUACAAUUAAAACAAAAGUGGUCUGUUCUGAUUUUGGAUACUAUACCUUUCUGGAAAAAUAAAGAGAGAAA